AAAAUAGAGGCCCAUAAAGCCCACGCGAACAGAGGAAGCAGAGCAUAUCUUGGAACAAGGCAGCAAUGGCGACGAGGUGCCUCGCUUCGUUCCCCCUCCUCUCCGCCUCCAGCUCCGGGAAGGCCUGCGCGGCGGCCAGGGCGCAGCCUUCCCCCUUCUCCGCCGCAGCACACCGCCGUGUACGGACCCGCCUUUCGGUCGCCACCGGCGGGGAGCAGCAGCUCGUCACGGCGCAGGAGCCGGCCCAGGAACCUGAUUAUGGGGUUGUUAGCAUUCACCAUGUUGGAAUUCUCUGUGAAAAUCUUGAAAGGUCAAUGGCGUUCUACAAGGACCUCCUUGGUCUUAAGGUGAAUCCAGCUAGGCCAACUGACAAGCUGCCGUACAGAGGUGCUUGGCUCUGGGUUGGUUCUGAGAUGAUCCACUUGAUGGAGCUGCCAAAUCCUGAUCCGCUGACAGGACGCCCAGAGCAUGGUGGACGUGAUCGUCACACUUGUAUAGCAAUCAAAGAUGUGUUGAAGCUGAAAGAAAUCUUUGAUGAAGCUGGAAUCAGCUACACACUUAGCAAAUCUGGGCGGCCAGCGAUCUUUGCAAGAGAUCCAGAUGGAAACGCGUUGGAGUUCACUCAAGUGUAGUAAUUGAAAGAUGCCUUUUCAGCUAGAACAUCUCAUAGCCUUACACGUGCCUGAGUACACUAUACCUAGAGGUCCUAGACCUUGCUGCUGGUCUUGCUUGUAGCUACCAAGACGUGGCAGGAGAACACUGCUUGUACAUAUCACAUAUCAAUCAAGUAUUUUAAGUGGAAGGUUUCAUGGUAAUAAGUUGUGUCUCCA